GUCGUGUCGUUUCCUCCGCGUGUGUAAAUAAGUGAAGAUGGCCGCAACGCGGAGACAAUCUCGUUCGGAAUCGAGAUAGGUACCUCGCUCUACAAUGAUCAGAAUAAAUAUCAACAGGUUCUUACACACGUGCACGCUGAUCGUCUGCAAUCUCACGUACACGAUAAUACGUUUGAUACACUCGUACAUCAAGAGACUAGUGAACGAUUGGUACGAGAAGCACACGUCCGCCAGGAGUGUCAGGAUCAUGCAUCGCAGCGAGAACUUUUUGAUAGUUGAUAAGCCCUACGACAUGUACAUAAACAGUAAUAAUCCUGACAGAAAGAAUACUCUUCAGACGGAACUGCGAGAGAUGCUGCCGGACCUGGUUAACCCACGACUGUGCCACGAGUUUCACUUUGUACAUCGCUUGGAUUAUCCCACGAGCGGCGUCAUGUGCAUAGCGUUGAAUAAAAGGGCGGCCAGAGCGGCAUCGUUCGCCUUUGAAAAUCACAAAGUGCAAAAGUUCUAUCUAGCACUGGUGCAUGGUCACAUACACGAACCUCACAUUGUAAUCGACAGACCCAUCGGUGCAGAUAUUCGAGAGAAGACUGGCAACCAUAAAAUGUGUACGAGCGACAGUGCCUUUUGCGAUAAGCCACGCAAGUCGUACACGACACUGGUAGUAUUGGAACAUGGGUAUUGGAAAGGCAAACCCGCCACUAAAAUCUUGUUAGCACCUGGCACAGGUAGACGGCACCAGUUAAGAGUACAUUGUCAUCAUAUUGGUCAUACAGUUAUAGGAGAUUACACGUAUAGCGAAGGAAAGGAUGUAGAACCUCACAGAACCUACCUUCAUUCUCUUAGGUUAAUACUAAACUGUGAUAUUGAAAAUAUAGACGUGAGAACGACGGAUCCGUUCGACGCCUCUACAUUGUCUGAUUACAAAGCGACAAAUGUAACAAAGAUCUUGGACGAGAAUAUAUUUCGCGAUAUAUACAAAUUCAUGGAAUAAAAUUAAGAUGUUCUUGUUUUCUGUAA